CGCCAUAUAAGGAACGAAGCUAGCUAACGGUUAUCUUAUACCGAUAUCCCAAAGGCUUCGGUGUGGACACACCUAGUGUGACGAUGUCUCUCAGUGUUCUUUUAAUAAGCACUCUCAUUUCUGGUAUUGCCUUUGUCGUGCUUGUGGUCCUGCCAUGGCGUAGCUCCCCUUUGCGUCUACUUCCAUUACCCCCAGGCGCUGCUACAUUAUGGGGCCACGAGAAGACAAUUUUCAUGGACGAGCCCGGUCGUGUGUAUCGCAAGUGGAUCAAGGAGAUUGGUCUGACCUUCCGGAUCAAAGCAGCAUUUGGGGCUCCAGAUAUUUUGGUCGUAAGCGAUCCAGAAGGGAUAGCCCAUAUUCUCCAAAAGAGAAUUUAUGAUUACCAUCACAGUGCUGUGGUUCGACCUCGCGUGGCUCGUUUAUUGGGGAAGGGUUUAGGCUGGGUUGAGGGAGAAGAAGAGCAUAAGCGUAUGCGGCGUAUUACUAGGCCGGCACUCACUGCAGAUAACGUCAAAGCUAUGUCACCUGAUAUAAUAGAAGCGGCAACACAGGUUAUUAGUGAUCUUGUUCGGUUGGUACAAGACAGCGGUAGCAGAGUUGAAGUGGAUGCCAUUGACUGGGCAGGCAAGGCAACCCUGAACGUGAUAGGGCGUGUUGCAUUUCUGCAUGAUUUUAACCAAGGUAAUAGUGAAGAGGCUCGGCGCAUCUUGAACGCCAGGAAGUCAAGUAUACCGGCUGCCGCAACCUAUUUCGGAUAUUUGACAUUGAUGCUACUUCGACGUUUCCCGUUUCUGAACAACUUACCUAUCCCGCAAAUUCAGCGUCAAGGGCUAGCGAAGACAACGAUACAAUCCGGCGUGGCAAAAGAACUUGUCAAUCGGUACCAGCAUCUGGCAGACGAGUCUUCCGACAGGGAGAAUUAUCAGCAAGACCUCUUGAGUAGGCUCCGUGAGUCGGCGUCCUCCUUUAUGGAUUCCGUCUUAUUCGAACAUGCAGUUCGAGCUUCAUCAGAGGAGAAAUUGUCCGUAUCAGAGCUAUACGAGCAGAUAUCUACUUUCAUUAUCUCCGGAUUUGAAACAACCACGGCGACCCUUUCAUUUUCGAUUUGGGAACUGGCACGUCAUCCGGACAAGCAGCAGAGAUUACGCGAAGAGUUAUCUACUAUCAAUGGGGAUCCCACGUUCAAUGAUUUCCAAAACGGGCUUCCUUAUCUCCAUGCCGUCUUGAAAGAAACUCUACGACUAUACCCGGCACUUCCCUACAUGGAACGAGUGGCGACAAAGCCGGAUGUAAUUCCCUUGCGGCAACCCCUACAACUUGCGAACGGACAGGUCGUACACCAUGUUGUUGUCAGGCCAGGCCAGACAGUUUUGAUACCAAUUAUAGCAAUCCAUCGCCAAGAUUCAAUUUGGGCUGAUGCUGAUACAUUCAGACCAGAGCGUUGGCUGGAGGACCUCCCUCCGCAAGAGCAGUUGUGCUCUGGUUGGGGGAAUCUAUUAGCAUUUAGUGAUGGUCCUAGGAGUUGCAUCGGGAUUCAGCUCGCUCUGUUCAACUACAAGACUAUUCUUAGCUCCUGGAUAAGGCAGAUUCAGUUCGAGGAUACUGGUCUUGAAAUGUCUUUGAAAAUUUCUUCUAGUUUACAACCAUGGGUACGGGGCGACAGAGACAAGCAGGGUCGAAACCAAGUUCCUAUAUAUCUCCGCUCUGUAUAAAAACUAUAUAUAUUCUUGUAAAGACAAGUACGAGUAACUGAAUUCCAUAAAACCGAGUUGACGAGUCGCUCUUUCAUGAUGUUGAAGUUAGGUUUAAAUUAUCUAAUUGUCGG